AUGUCUUCAAGUUGUGUGACUUCAGUGUUUGCUUUGAUAGUUUUGUGCUUUGCAGCUGCAGGUCCUGUGCCUCGGAGUGAAUGUGUCUUAUCGCCUGUUAACAAUUCGCACCCAGUCCAUGCCUUGCUGGAGAGUUUUACAGUCUUAUCUGGCUGUGCAAGUCGAGGCACAACGAGCCUGCCACAGGAGGUGCACGUCCUCAAUCUCAGAAACCCUGAGGAGGGUCUUGGCCAUCAUGAAAGAGAGGUCACAUUACAUUUGAAUCCAAUUUCAUCAGUGCAUAUUCACCAGAAGCCUCUGGUGUUUCUUCUCAACUCUCCUUUGCCUCUGGUCUGGAAGUUAAAAACAGAAAGACUGGCACCUGGAAUCCGAAGAGUUUUCUUUGUGUCUUUGGGUUCCGUUGUUCAGUUUGAGAAGGGAAACUUCUCCUUGUCAGCAGAAACAGAAGAGAAGGUUUUUCCUGAAAAAAAUGAACAGCUGCUACAGUGGGCCCAGAAGGAAUAUGGAGCAGUAACAUCUUUCACUGAACUUAAAAUAUCAAGAAACAUCUAUAUUAAAGUAGGAGAAGAUCAAGUUUUUCCUCCCUUGUGCAACAUAAAAAAGAACUUUCUCUCUUUAAAUUACCUUGCGGGAUACCUACAACCAAAACCAGCAGAGGGGUGCCUUAUGUCUAACUUAGUGCAGGACAGAGAAGUUCAUAUCAUUGAACUAAGCACUCCAAAUUCCAAUCCAAACAGUGCUCUCCAGGUGGAUAUAAUCGUUGACAUUAAACCAUCUCAACCAGGUGCCAGACUUGUCAGAGAUGUUGUACUGAUCCUCAAGUGUAAAAAGUCUGUCAAUUGGGUUAUCAAGUCUCAUGAUGUCCAGGGAAAGCUGGAAGUGAUUACAUCAAAUAGUAUUGGUUUUGGAAAGGAAACAGAACGAUCCAUGACUAUGAGUAAAUCAGUAAUACCUGAUAUUCCCUCAUCGCAUGAGAGUUUGAUCAAGUGGGCUUAUGAGCACAACUAUAGUCCAGUUACUUCCUACACAAAAGCCUCUGUUGCUAACAGAUUUCAUCUGCAGCUUGAAGAUACAGAAGAGAUGAAUGAUGAAGAAGACCAUUCCCUUCCUCCAGAGCUGACAGAAUUGCUGGGUGCUAACCCACUGCCUGCUCCAAAGAAUCCUGCAUUAAGUGAUGGCCUGACUUUUCCAUUUCACAUUAACAGAGGAAGACAUGACACAGUGGGAGAAGAAAUCUUCCCAUCCAGGCAUUCAGUAGAUACAUUAAUAAAUCAUGCCUUUGGGCAUUCCCUCUCAAAACACAAAGAACCAGAAGAGGUUCAGGGCAGUGCUGAUGUGGCCCUGUCAAUAAAGUGUGAUGACAAAGUCAUGACAGUAGCUGUAGAAAAAGACUCUCUACAGGCCAGUGGCUACACACGGACAGAGCUCUCGCUGCUGGAUCACUCGUGCAAAGCCAGGAUGAAUGGGACUCAUUUCAUUUUGGAGUCUUUGCUGAACAAAUGCGGAACUCGGACAGCAUAUAUCUUGAACAAGAUUGUUUAUUUUAACUCUAUUGUCAUUCAGCUGUCAUCACCUGCUGAAGGCAGUGGCUUUGAUGAUGAUGACAUGGAAUCAGGUGAUAAUGGAUUUCCAGGAGAUGCUGAUGAGGCAGAUGUUGCUUUCUCGAGCUGGCCUGAGAUAGCGUUUAAUUGCACGCUGCACCAGCCAGAGGAUGACAGAGGCAUGUUCUGGCCCUCUGAACCACACAUCACCAAUGUGACCUUCAACAUGGAGCUGUACAAAACAGAUUUGUUCCUAGCUCCCUCCCAAGGACUCUUCUCUGUUGCUGAGAAUGGGCCAAUAUAUGUAGAGGUGUCUGUGACUAAAGCUGACAGGUCCUUGGGCUUUGCCAUUCAAACAUGCUUUGUUUCUCCAUUUUCAAAUCCAGAUAGAAUGUCUGACUAUACCAUUAUAGAAAAUAUUUGUCCUAAAGAUGAAUCUGUUAAAUUCUACAGUAUUGAGAAGGUGAAUUUUCCAAUACCACAUGCACAGAAGGACAAAAAAAGAUUUAGCUUUGUGUUUAAACCAAUGUUCAACAUCUCACUGCUCUUUCUUCACUGCGAGUUGACUUUGUGUACAAAUAAAGACAAAGAUACUCAAGGACUGCCAAAGUGCAUUCCUCCUGAUGAAGCUUGCACCUCUCUCAAUGUGGAUAUGAUCUUGGCCAUGAUGCACAACAAGAAAACCUUCACUAAGCCCCUUGUAAUAACACAUGAUGGAAAACAAGAAGAUCCUUCCCUUCCAAAUCCAAAUGUGAGACAGCCACCUGUGUUCUACGGCCUGGACACGCUGACUGUGGUGGGCAUUGCCUUCGCGGCGUUUGUGAUCGGAGCCCUGCUGACAGGAGCUCUCUGGUUCAUCUACUCUCGCACAGGGGAAACAGCAGGAAGACAGCAGGUCCCUACAUCCCCUCCAGCCUCUGAGAACAGCAGUGCAGCACACAGCAUUGGCAGCACACAGAGCACCCCCUGUUCCAGCAGCAGCACCACCUAA